AAAUGCUUAAUUAGCCUCUAUUAUUACCAAUAUUGAAUCUCUUUGAAACAUCCAUGAGCAAAUGUCAUGAGAAGAAAAAGCAGGACACAUUUUACUUGUCUCUCUUUCUCUCUGCCUCUUGGCCGUGUUAUAACAUUAGAGAAUACAGACAGGAACAUCAUCAGUCACCGUCAACAGCUGCAGAGACAAUCUGGGAAAUCACAAACAUCCAACUAGAAUGGCGCUGAUAUUACCCCAUAAUAUAUAAGGAAGAUUCUCCAGCCAAUUUACUGGGACCAUAUGUUUCUAUGUUGCAUCUGACCAAAAUAUAAUCCAUGUUCAAGAGUUGAAAAUCUAGAAAGAUGCCUGUCUCCAGCAUUACAAACACUGUAGAUUUUAUGAAAUAUUUUCUUUUCAUUAUAUUAAUUUGUCUAUGCCAAGGAAUUCCAUUUUCUACUAAGGAUUUUGUUAAAAGAUAUCCAUGCCUUGAAUACAAUGUCUGUGAAUGUUCUGAAGGAAUACAUGACCCUUCUUAUAGUGAUACAGUCACUAUUGACUGUCGGGCUAAGAAUUUGACUAAAGUUCCUGCUUUGGUGGAUUUAGACAAGAACAAGUACUAUCGUCUUUGGUUACGUGAUAAUUACAUCCAGUUAAUUAAUAGUCGGGAUUUCAGCUGUGAUUCAAUUGUGGAUAUUGAUAUUGGUGGAUAUAAUCAAGUACGCCAUAUUGCUGAUAAAGCUCUGAGGGGUACCAAUCGUUUCCUUCAGAAAUUGACAUUAAACAUCAGUUCCUUAAAUAUCUAUAAACUUCGAUUCUUACAUGCUGUACCAACUUUGUAUGAGCUCACUAUUGAAGGUAACAACAAAUUGCACAAAAUCCCUAGCAGACUUCUCCCUGGUUAUAAAAUGAAGACUUUGAGAAUGCUUUCUUUGGUGCAUUGUGGAAUUGAAAGAAUUGCUUGGGAUGCUUUUUUGGGUGUAAGCAAUGUUAAAGAACUACAUCUGUCACAUAACCAUUUAACUAACGUACCCAGUGAUUCUCUGAUGAGAUUACGUCAUCUUACCAAACUUGAUCUCAGUUUUAAUCGACUGACCACACUUGAUGGUCAAUCAUUUACUCACUUAUUUAAACUUUCAGAAAUAGAUCUGACAGGAAACGAUUUUACAGAAAUGCAAGAAAUUCCUAGUGAUGUGUUUAAAGAUCAGGAAACAUCACUUCAUAAACUAAUAUUAUCAAAUACUUUCCUCAGUACAAUUCCAACUGAAGCAAUCCAGAAUCUUCAAGAACUUAAGAUUUUGAAUAUCAGUUAUAAUAAGAUUAAUGAACUUAACAAUACUCAACCAUUUUUAGGUCUAAAGUUACGAGUACUGGAUAUUAGUGGCAAUAACAUUCCGUUGGAAGCAACUUUGCUAAAUGGUUUAGAAAACACACUUUUCAAGUUAUUUCUUCGAGAUAUGAAUAUUACCGCCUUGCCUUAUACACUAUUAAAGAAACUAGGCCACCUCUAUGAACUGGACAUCUCAGGUAAUAUAAUGCCUAAACUUCCAGAUUCCUUUAACAAAGGGCUCUCUGUUAGACAUUUUAUACUACGUCGCAUGAACAUCAAGAAAAUAUCACCAAGGGCUUUCACUAAGCCAUCUGAAAUAGCAGAACUCUCCAUAGAUGUUGAAUCAAAUUUCAUUAGCAGUAUAGACUUCAUCAGGAAUAGUCCAGCCUGCACUUUUCACUAUCUGAAUCUGAUGGCAAAUCCAAUCAACUGUGAUUGUAUUUUAUAUGAACUCAUUGUUGAUAGGACUAUACGUUUCUCAGGAACAUGUUCCAGUAUUAGCCAGAACCUGUUCAACUUGAGCUUUACCAGUAACUAUCUUCAGAGAAUGUUACGGCAAAAAUGUUCUCCAGGAACAUUCAACAGCCACUGCAGAAAUGAGUAUAAAUCUAGACUAGCUCAACAAACAUCAGGAACUUCCUUGCAUACAUACAGCAAUAUAUUUUUGCUAAUAGGAAUUAAUGUGGCCAGUCAACUAACUUUAUUACAGUGAAAUUUGAAACUGAUGAAACUAUUGUUAAAUUAUACUAAGAAUAUGUAAAUAUUUCUGUGUGUAUCAAAAACAACAUCAAUGUAUUAUUGCUUGCAAAAGAUAAUCUAUUUAUUAUUUUACUUUUUGCAAACUUUCUUCUCUUUCAGCUCAAAUGUUUCUGGGUGCACAAGUAGUCAUUAUCACUAGCAAUCACCAGCGGUCAUUUCAGCUAUUUGUACAGAAUCAUUCUACUUGUUUUGUACUAAAGGAUUGAAAAUAACUGUUCAAGAGACAUUUCUUUACGCAUGGCUUUAGCAAGUAACAAAACAUAUGGGUUGUAGCUUCAUUCCUUGCAAAUACAUUAUAUGUGAAUUAUUUGAAUGUAAUUUUAUUUCCAAAAAUGAAGUACAGAAACAAUAACGAGAAACUCCUGUAAUAAUAUGUGUUAAGAUGGAAGUAGCAUGUGUUUAAGGUAUACAAUGAGCCUGAUAAAGUAUAAAAUAGCCAUAUGUGCUUCCAUUCAUCAGAAAAUAAAACUGCAAUAGUUAUAAUGUAGAAGAACAAAAGGAAAUGGAGACACACUAAUAUAAUUUUAAGUAACAUAAAAAGAGUUUAGAAUAUUACUGAUCCAUAUUUUAUGUGAUAAUGAUAUUGCUAAUUAGAAAUUGAUUUUUUUUUUAUUCAAUAACUUGUCAUAUAAAGAUGAGGCUUAAAAUUUACGGUUGAUGUAUUAAAUUUUGAUGUUUAUGCUUUCCUAGGAGUCACAGUAACACAGGAAAUGAUUUAAUGUGAAUUAAAACAGACCUGAAAAUUCGAUUCACAGAAAGUAUGACAGCCACAGUAUUGCAUCCCCAAACACUUUCUUCUACUUUUAACAGUAGCUCCAUAUGGAUGGAGCUACUGUAAAACAGAAGAAAUUUGGAUUUCAGGGACUUGAAUUUAAAUUUUCUGGUUUUAAAACCUCCCCUUCCAUAUCUCCAUGUUCAAACACUAAGCUUUAAUCAAUUCAUUUUCUAAAUGUUUAUAAUCUUAUAUACACACGAGGUGCUAUAGUGUUGUUAUGCUGUAUUAGAUAGCUAAUAGCGUAUCGUUGGUUAAAACUCGAAUUGUCUCUCCUAGAAAUUAUCCUCAGUGUAGGUAAGCACUGUGCACAAAAGAGGAAUGAUUUUCAGUAAUGAUAAAAUAUUAAUAUGUAAUUAUGUAAUUCUAUUAAAACAACUACAUAUUACUAAAUAUGCUCAUUCUUU